AUGGGACCUGCAACUCUGUUGUCCCUUCUACCUAUGAAUUUGGAAGGUGAAGAUUUAUCUGAUGCAAAUGUCUGGCUUUUUCCAAUUCUAAAACAUUAUAUUGUUGGUGCACCUUUACAUUAUUUUACUGAAGAAAUUCUGGUUAUGAUCAAGCGUAUGAGGGAGAAGGUCUCAAAAGACACUGCUAAAAGUUUCAUGAAUCUAGAGAAACAUUUGCGUAGUAAGCUGAAAGAAGAACCUGAUAUUCGUGGAAUAAUAUGCACUAGUUUGCGACUUCUGAUUCAGCAAAACAAUAUUUUGGAUUUAGAACACAAGGGUUAUAUUGGUGAGGAUAUGGCCAAAGAACAAGUUCAUUAUUCACAACAGGUUGCAAGAGACAAUUUAUAUGUGCUGAAAUCAUUUGCAAAGAACUGGUUAAAAUAUUUAUCAGAAGUAUUCCUUAAAUCUACAAAAGAUGAUGGUGGUUGUUUGCAGAUUUUGUUAUGUAAUGUUCAUUAG